AUGCCGUCCGUGGCGCACCGGGAGGUGGCGCGGGCCGUGGCGGAGGAGGCGGUGGCGCGGCUGGGCGACCGGCUGCUGCCCUCGGCCGUGCCCGCCGACGUCGCCGAGUUCAGCAACGGCGACGGGACCGCCCUUGGCGCGCCUGACUCCCCGUCGUCGCUUCUCUUGGAGGAGAUAGUGCAUGGUCAGCUGGCGUCUGUUGUUAAGGGUGUUCUUCAGGUCUGGCUUGAUACUUGCGCCGGUGGCACCUCGGAAAUGGAAGAGGGUGAGAGGGAGAUCAUGGUCAGGAGGGAUCGAACUGCUCUUUCACCGAAGGUUCCAAUGAUGAAGAGGAAAGCAGAUGAGAGUGCUGCAACUACUGUCCCAAACAAAGUACAGAAACAAGCCGAGGACUGGAGCUGUGCACUAUGCCAGGUUAGUGCACCAUCUGAAGCUGGUCUAAAUGAGCAUCUUGGAGGAACAAAACAUAAGGCGAAGUUGGCACAAUGUGGCGUCAGCAAGGCGAUCAAAGAUGACAAAAACUGCUUGCAGACGACCACUGGGAAUGAGAGCAACACAGAUCCUUGUGAUGCACCUAAGAAAAUAUGCAUGCUAGUAGACAGUGCAACAUGUGAAGCUGGUGUAAAUGAGGAUCUUGGAGGAAGAAAACAUAAGGCGAAGUUGGCACAAUGUGGCGUCAGCAAGGCGAUCAAAGAUGACAAAAACUGCUUGCAGACGACCACUGGGAAUGAGAACAACACAGAUCCUUGUGAUGCACCUAAGAAAAUAUGCAUGCUAGUAGAUGGUGAAAUGCAUGAAGUUGUUCGGAAGAACGACAAUCUGUGGUGUGAUCGCUGCAGAGUCAGGUGUCAUAGUAAAGUCAUCAUGGCUGGCCAUCUGCGGAGCAAGAAGCACAGAAAGUUAAACAAGGUUUGGACAUCGAUAAAGGCUGUGAGGACAAAUACCAAUACUAAGGAAGGUUUGCCUUCUUGUGGAAGUAAGGUAAAUACAAACAGCCCUACUGAAAUUCCAGUGGUAAUUGAAGGCGACCUAAAUAUGACCACCGGAGUAGAUGAAAGCGGCCCUGUAGAAAAUCCAGUCCAGAAAGAAAUCCAUCCGCGGAGCAAGAAGCACAGUAAAUUAAACGAUGGUUGGACAUCAAUAAAGGCUGUGAGGGCAAAUACCGAUACUAAGAAACAAAUCCAUCCGACGAGCAAGAAGCAAGGUAAAUUAAACAAUGUUUGGACAUCGAUAAAGGCUGAGAGGACAAAUACCGAUACUAAGGAAGGUUUGCCUUCUUCUGGAAGUCAGGCUCUUUCAUCAAAUCCAAAGGUUCCAACAGUGAAGAGGAAAGCAGAUGCAAAUGCUGCAACUACUGUGCCAAAGAAAGUACAGAAAUUAACCAAGGACUGGAGCUGUGCACUAUGCCAGGUUAGUGCACCAUGUGAAGCUGCUCUAAAUGAGCAUCUUGGAGGAAGAAAGCAUAAGGCAAAGUUGGCACAGCGUGGCGUCAGCAAGACGAUCAAAGAUGGCAAAAACUGCUCGCAGACGACCACUGGGAAUGAGAACAGCACAGAUCCUUGUGACGCACCUAAGAAAAUAUGCAUGCUUGGAGGAACAAAGCAUAAGGCAAAGUUGGCACAGUGUGGCGUCAGCAAAACAAUCAAAGAUGGCAAAAACUGCUUGCAGACGACCACUGGGAAUGAGAACAACACAGAUCCUUGUGAUGCACCUAAGAAAAUGAAAAUAUGCAUGCCAGUAGACGGUGCAAUGCAUGAAGUUGUUCGGAAGGACAAAUACCUGUGGUGUGAUCACUGCAGAGUCAGUUGUGAUAACUAUGCCACCAUGGCUUGCCAUCUGCGGUGCAAGAAGCAGAGUAAAUUAACCAAGGUUUGUUCAUCGAUAAAGGCUGUGAGGACAAAUACCAAUACUACGGAAGGUUUGCCUUCUUGUGGAAGUCAGGUAAAUACAAAUGGCUCUACUGAAAUUCCAGCGGUAAUUGAAGGCGGCAUAAAUAUGACCACCACGGUAGAUGAAAGCGGCCCUGUAGAAAAUCCAGUCCGGAAAGAAAUGACAAAAAUGGCCACCAUAAAGGCUGUGAGGACAAAUACUGAUACUAAGGAAAGUUUGCCUUCUUGUGGAAGUCGGGUAAAUACAAACGGCUCUAUUGAAAUUCCAGUGGUAAUUGAAGGCGACAUAAAUAUGACCACCGCAGUACAUGAAAGCGGCCCUGUAGAAAAUCCAGUCCGGAAAGAAAUCACAAGAAUGGCCACCAUAAAGGCUGUGAGGACAAAUACUGGUACUAAGGCAAAUUUGCCUUCUUCUUGUGGAAAUCAGGUAAAUACAAACGGCUCUACUGAAAUUCCAGCGGCAAUUGAAGGCGACAUAAAUAUGACCACCGCAGUAGAUGAAAGUGGGCCUGUAGAAAAUCCAGUCCAGAAAGAAAUACAAAGAAUGGCCACCAUAUGGGCAAUGUUUUCUUGCUAAGUUUCUACUGGUAAUCAAGGUAGGAAUCUUGCAAUCCUACGAAUCCAGUUGAACAGAUAGCUUAUAAGGUAUAUAACUUAAUUGCUAAUGUCUAAGCAACUUUGCAAGAGAAACAUUGCUCCCUAGAAGUAUGUGUUUUGUUACUCCCUGGACAUUUCUUUCACAUGGAGAUGACUUGUAUAUGUAGAAUGCCCAGUUUGAACUUUGCCUAAGCUGCUUCUGUGGUACUUCUAGCCAGUUUUGAUUGUCGCCCUCUGUUUAUGUUAAAGUGAGUAGGUGGGAUGGGUUGAGCUGGUGAUGAGUAGGGUUUCCCUGAGUGCUAACCUGACUCGUUUGUAAUUUAUUUAGGUCUUUUAGGUGUGGCUCAGGUUUGCUUUUGCAUAUGUUGUGUGUAAAGUUGUUCGUUGAUUAGUUGCAGCACAUACUCAUCAAUAGCUGUUUCAGAAAGACUGGUCAGCAUUAAUAUAUAGUUGUAAGAUGCAUAUAUAUUAUCCAAGCAUCCUGAUGAAGACAGAAACCGGCAUAUAUGAAAUAUCAGGCAAAAAUGCUUCUAAAGCUGCAAAUUCCAUGA